GUUUACGAAGCUAUCCAAAUACGGAAAUCAUUUUCCUAGCGUGAUACGAAAAUUGAAAGCGUUUUUGAGAAUUUGGAUGGGUAGGGCUACAAUGAUUUUAGGGAAAUAGUUACGAAUUUGUAUAUAAUACAACGUACAUAGAAGACUCGGCGUUCUAGCUAGAAUUGCAAUAAUUGAAACGCACGUGGACUCAGUAGUAUUACUUAGCUUGCUAUUGCUAGUUUAAUGUAAUCUCUACAGUCGUGCUUGAUCGAUGUCAAAUCUUCGAGAUCCCGCUUGCUGGUGACAAAUCGUGCUACUGUGUGACAGCCAUGACCUUAAUGGAAGAGAAAUAGCAACGGAAGGACUACAGCUCGACGUCGUAGAUUAUUUGGGACAGUUUUUUUUCCUCACCGCCCAGUUAGCCAUAUCUUUGGUUGCAAUUGCUAACCUUCUCUAGCUAGCGUUAAUUGCCACUGCUAAUUGGUGUCUAAACCAAGGCAUAAUGCUAUUAACAAAUAAAAAAACGUGGUUACUUGUAUCCUUUAGCUAGGUGGAGUUUGUACAAAACUUUAAUUUUUGUAUUUAUGUUUAUGGUCAGUGUUUUAUCUGGCUACCCAGCUAUCAUUUGAGUGUUCGCGUUUCCAUUGUAAUGACAAGCAGCUAAUUAGCUCGAUACACCCACGUUGUAAUUUGGUUUUGCGGUUGCACUUAAGCCGGACUCAGAGUUCGAGUCCAUACAACCUAGCUGAGGACAGUAGCUGAGUUGCCACUAUUACGUUUACCUGUCAAGAAAGGCAGGCAGUGGCAGCUGUGGUGGAUACAUUUCUGCCUCUGCUUUAUAGAGUGAUCACAACCGAGGGGAAAUACUGCAGUUCAUGUUUCGACAAGAAGUCAGUGUGCUAUCUUUUAUUCCGUCUUGUUCGUACCUUUUCCAAUACGAGAAGAGGAAUAUGUCUAGAUAUAACAUUUACAGUCUAUUAGACUGGUUGUAUGGCGGCGUAGACCCAAAGUUUGAAGGCAACGGGGGCCCAGAAUGUGCCGCCUUUCUUGCACCGCAACAACGUAUCAGCGAGAGUUUUGUCAUGGUGCUGAUUUCCAUCGUGGAAGUUGUUGUCGCACUGAGAAAAAUCAACAUUUGUAAAGAACUCAAAGUGAUCGCAAAAGAUGGACCAAGGACGAAAGAGGACAGUUUGACCAAGAACCUGUUGCUGGUUGCGCUAUGUAUGACGUUUGGUGUAGAGGUCGGAUUCAAAUUCGCCACGAAGACCGUGAUAUACUUACUGAAUCCAUGUCAUGUUAUCACCAUGGUGCAGAUCUUCCUGCUGGCCUGUCCACCAUGUAAAACAGCCAUGGUCAUCUUUAGGCUUCAGGUUCAUAUGCUGAACGGUGCUUUACUGGCCUUGGUCUUCCCUGUGGUCAACACUAGACUGCUUCCAUUUGAGAAGGAGAUCUACUACAUCCAGCAUUCCAUGCUCUACCUUGUGCCUCUAUACCUCUUCAGGAAAGGAGGCGUGUACAAGCCGGAACCCCUGGUGGACAUGUGGUGGGCUAUCCUCUCCACCGGCAUCCUGUUCCUCUACCACUUCCUGUUCUUACAAGGCCUGGGCCUGAUGACCGAGGUCAACCUGAACAACAUGCUGUGCCCUGCUGUGUCCGACCCAUUUUAUGGGCCGUGGUACCGGGUUUGGGCUUCAGUUCACCAGACCCUGCUGACUCUGGUCCAUGGGAAGGUUCUGACCCUCCUCUCCCAUCACACCAGCCCCACCUGCAGAUACUUGCUGGACACCGUCAGACUCCGCAGCAAGAAGGUCGACUGAAAUUCGACAGAGGGAUGAAUACACACAGAGACAGACACACAGAUAUAGACCGACAGGCAGGCAGACACGUUUAGAGACACAGAUAUAGACAGAGAGAAAGACAGAUUCACAAGGACACAGCCUUUUUCAAUCCACACGCCUGUUCUUAUGUUGGAAUUUUAUAUCAACAUUUUUAAUACAAAUUGUACCACUUAACCACAUUUUUUUACCGUGAAGAAAUAGGCAUUUCAGGGUCAAAUUAACAGUGUGUUUUGUUUAGUGUUGGAGCUAGCUUGAAUUGCACACACAAUGAGAAGGAUGUGCUCUGCUGGGAAGGUGAAAUUUGCCUUUGUUGUGUGUCAGAUUUUCUGAACACAAGUUACUUGUUAUGUGUUUCUAAAAGUUACUCUUUAUUUCUAAAGUUGCCUUUUGUAGUUACUUUGCAGUCUAUACAUAUUUGGACAGUGAAACACAUUUUGUUGGUUUGGCUCUGUUCUAAAGCACAGUGGAUUUGAAAUGAAACCAUGACCAAGAAGUUAAGUGCAGAUUUAAUUGUAGGGAAUUUACAUCCAUAAACCAAGAAUGGUGUUGGAUUUACAACACUUAAUACAUUGUCAUCUUAAUUUAACACUACCAAAAGUAAUUGGACAAAUUAACAAUCUUAAGUAAAUUCAUCUAUAUAUAUAAUAUAUAAUACUUGUGGCUAAUCUAAAGCUGCCUGAUCCCAUAGACAUUACCAGACUUUGGGUAUCUUUCUUGGGGAUACUCUGUCAACUUCAAUUCUUGUUUGUUUCUGGGCAUUUUUGCCUUCAGUCUUGUCUUCAGCAAUUGAAACACAGGAAUAUUCAACUGGAUUCAGGUCCAGUGAUUGACUUGGCCAAUCUCUUGAUUCUGCUUUUUACCUCUGAAAAACAUUGUUUGGGGUCAUUGUCCUGCUCGUGAAAUGCAGUUCAAUGGGUUUUGAGGCAUGUUCUUGUAUCUGAGCAGACUGUGUUUCGGUACACUUAAUCCUACAUCUGCCAUCAGUAGUUGAAUCAAUGAAGUGAGCCAGUCCCAGUGGUGGCCUUACACCUUAUCUCACAGCUAAGUCAUGUCAGUUCCUUUUCUCUCCACACUUUCCUCUAACCAUCAUUCUGGUACAUGUUCAAAUUGGUCUUGUCUGUCCCAAAUGUUUUCAGAAAUUGGAUUUUCUUUUUAGAUAUACUACUUUUGAGACUAACUACUGUUUUUGCACCUUGCAGUCCUGUGUAGUCUUCUGUGAAUGGUACCGGCUGACAAAUCCAUGGCUACUUUGUGUUUUUAAUUUCCUCUUCAUGGUGAGCAUUCUUUGGAGAAAAGGUAUUCAGUGUGAUACCAGGUCAUUUGCCAUUGCUGAGCUAACCAGUGCUUUCUUCUUGUUCUGAGUAAUUUACUUUGAUGCCUAAUGUUUUGGCUAUGUCGAUUUAUGAUUUAUCAGGAUCAUGAUAACUCAUGACACUGUUGGUCCUUGUUUUGUCAGAAACAGCAACCAACUCAAAAUGCACUGAUGAUACAAACCAACAUCCAAAUAGUUUUGGUCCAUUAAAACUGUUAUUUCUAAAUGAUGAAAAUACCCUGAAAUUAGCUGACAUUCUGUACUUAAACCCCAUAAUCAUAUAAUCCCCAAUCAAAACUGCUGGAGUACAGAGGCAAAACAACAGAGCCUGUCACUGUAAAAAUAUGUAUGGACUGUAAUGUAUAUUCAGAAACAAAUGGGGCUAACCCCAAUGUUAUAGAUCUGUUGUUCCUGUACAUUUAACUCCAUGUGUGCUUGCCAUACCAGUUGGCCUGAAUACAGGUCAACAUCGCCAUUUAUGUUUGUAUUUAAGAUUCACAUUAUAAAAACAUUGUGUUUAAUCCAUUGUAAAAAAAAUUAUAACAAUAAUAAUCCCAUUGUGUUAUUUAGUUUGAAGAGUAAAAGUUAUGAAGUUGUCUUUUUAAGUGAUGGCCCAAGUCCCGUCCUUUCAACUGGGUUGGAAAGAUUUAAGGAAAAGGAGUAACCCAUUCCUUACAUUUUCACUUUUGCCAAAGUGUUAUAUGGGAAAGAGCCUCCUGCCUUUUGCCAUCUCUCAUCACCGGUUUCACCAAACUGAAAAAUUUGAUGUGGGAGGUCUUGUAGACAAUGCACACCACUGGCUGUCCUUUUGACAUCAGUUCUGGAUGCUGGGAGAUGACAGUAAGGCAUGUUGAUGUAGGUAUUUAGAAAAGGCAUCAUUAUCAAGUGAGGAUCAAUGCCUGGUGCCUGUCACAGGGAUUUCAGUGGAAGUAAGGGCCUUCACAGAGGAUUUAUUAACGGGAUGUAUUAAUCAUGGGGCAUGUAUAACGGGACACAAGGUUGCAGAUGGACAUUGUCAUGUUAAAUGUUAAUAUUCCAUCAUAUAAGAUGGGGAUGUGUUCCUCUUCUAUAAGUCACACUCCAAUCUGCAUGUGUUGUGCCCCAGGUUCAGUCCACAUGUAACCCAAUAUACACGUGUUCUAUAUAACCCAUCACAUACUGUGUGCUUCAUGUAUCUGUAUUGAUUUAGUUAAUGACAAAAGAUCACCAUAGCUCUACUUUGGGACAGUCAUUGGGAACCCCCUGUUUUAAGGGAAGUAUUUGGCUGGGAGACCAGCCCAAGCAAUGUUUACUUAUCCCGUGACCACACUUCUAAUUCUGAACAGUGAAAUCAGACCUGUGAGGGUGUUACCAUGGUAGUAGUUGGUUUUUAUACAGUAUGUAGGAGCAGUCUGAGUUUAUUUAAACAUGGGGGGAAAGAAAUGCAGCAUCACUAAUGCAAUGACUUUUGGACUGAAUAGAGGACUAUGUAAAAGGGGGUUUAAAUACCAUUUCCUGUCACUUUGAUCAUUGGAUCACUUAUUUUGUAAGGAGGGAUUUUGUGUUACUGUACAAGUACACAUGGAAAAAAAGGGAUGUGGUAAACGUUUUGUACACUUCUAGGUGAAUGUGCGCUGUGCUGUAUUGACUAUAAAAUUAAUUUCUGCUCAUCA